CGACCUGCGCGCUAUGGCUAAGAACAAGCCACAACAGGGUGCCAAAGGCGCACCCAACAAGCACCUGGUGGCUCGAAUCGCCUUCUUACACCAAGCUGCUCUAUUGCUCGCGUCUCAGGCGGCGGCGCCAUCAGCACAACCCGAGAGCACUAAUUCUACGGCAGACCACGGCACUGCUCAAUUGCACGAGCUGGACACAAAUGCCACGCGCCGGCAACCGCCCAGAAGCGGUUUGCCCUUCUACUUCACUGCACAGCUCAAGCAAGUCGCCCUCAAAUCACAGGUACGCUUGCAGACGGAUGUCAAGCGAGCUAUCUGCAAAGCUUGCAAUGCGAUGCUCAUUGAGCAUCAGACCUGCAUCACAGGCGUGGAGAACCUGUCGCGCGGCGGCAAGAAGGACAAGGCCAAUGUGUCUGUAGUCGAAUGUCUCGCCUGCGGUUGCAAACGCCGAGUCCCGCUAGGGGCCGCACGGCAGCAGAAUAAGAGUAAACGCGAAGUACCCAAAACUGGCAGUGCAGCGCACGCGGACGAGCCGAUUGGCCAUUCGUGA